CACCAGCCAUGGAUAGACGCACUCCCUAUACCCUGAGCGUUCUUGCGCCCAGCACCAAUGGUGUUGAUGAGUCUCGUACAACCACUCAAAAUCGUUUGAGGGACUUUGUGCUUGAAUUCCAGUUGGAUAAUGCAUUCAUCUACCGUGAUCAAUUACGCCAAAAUGUGCUUGUGAAGCAAUAUUACUGCGACAUUGACAUUGCCCAUCUAAUUUCCUACAAUGAGGAGCUGGCCCACAAAAUCACGACCGAGCCGGCCGAUAUUAUUCCUUUGUUCGAGUUGGCACUUCAAGACUGCACUCGCCGGAUCGUCUACCCCGGCCAGCGGGACAUCACUCUUCCAUCCCACCAGCUUCUCCUGCACUCCUCGGCAUCCCACAUAUCUAUCCGUGACCUAAAUGCCACCAACAUCUCCCAUCUGGUUCGAAUCCCCGGUAUCGUCAUUGGUGCUUCGACUAUCUCGUCCAAGUCGACUCUUAUCCACAUUCGUUGCCAGAAAUGCGACCACAGUGAAAAUAUUCAUGUCGAAGGUGGCUUCUCUGGCCUGUCACUCCCGCGGCGCUGCGGUCGUACUAAGGAGCCUGGUGACCAGCCCGGUGAACAGUGCCCUCUCGAUCCGUACGUGGUUCAUCACGAAAAGUGCCAGUUCGUGGACCAGCAAGUCCUGAAGCUUCAGGAAGCCCCUGAUCAGGUGCCGGUGGGUGAACUUCCACGACACGUCCUUAUUUCUGCGGAUCGCUAUCUGGCCAACCGAGUGGUUCCUGGUUCUCGCUGCACUGUCAUGGGUAUCUUCUCAAUUUACCAAGCCAAGGGUGUCAAGAAGGAGGCAGCAGUUGCUAUUCGGAACCCGUAUCUGCGGGCAGUGGGUCUCAACACAGACAUGGACCAGACCGCCAAGGGUAACUCCGUCUUUUCUGAAGAGGAGGAGCAGGAAUUCUUGGAGCUUAGCCGUCGUCCCGAUCUGUAUGACGCGUUGGCCCGAAGUAUUGCUCCGUCCAUUUACGGCAAUGUGGACAUCAAGAAGGCCAUCGUCUGUCUUUUGAUGGGUGGCUCAAAGAAGAUUCUUCCCGAUGGAAUGAAACUCCGUGGUGAUAUUAACGUGCUCAUGCUGGGUGACCCUGGUACUGCCAAGUCGCAGUUGUUGAAGUUUGUUGAGAAGGCUGCACCCAUCGCCAUCUACACCUCCGGAAAGGGUUCUUCGGCUGCCGGUUUGACGGCCUCUGUGCAGCGAGACCACACCACCCGCGAGUUUUACCUGGAAGGUGGUGCAAUGGUGCUUGCAGACGGGGGUGUUGUCUGUAUUGACGAGUUCGAUAAGAUGCGUGACGAGGACCGAGUGGCCAUCCACGAAGCCAUGGAACAGCAGACUAUCUCCAUUGCCAAGGCCGGUAUUACCACGAUCCUCAACUCCCGGACGUCCGUUCUGGCCGCGGCCAAUCCGAUCUUUGGUCGUUACGACGACCUGAAGACCCCCGGCGAGAACAUCGACUUCCAGACCACCAUUUUGUCCCGUUUUGAUAUGAUCUUCAUCGUUCGGGAUGAACACGAGCGCAGUCGUGAUGAGAAAAUCGCACGUCACGUCAUGGGCGUGCACAUGGGUGGUCGUGGUAUGGAGGAGCAGGUCGAGGCUGAAAUUCCGGUUGACCAGAUGAAGCGUUACAUCAGCUACUGCCGCAGCCGCUGCGCACCUCGCCUGUCCCCCGAGGCUGCCGAGAAACUCUCGUCUCACUUCGUUUCCAUCCGAAAGCAAGUGCACCGAACCGAGCUCGAGUCCAACACCCGUUCAUCAAUCCCCAUCACCGUGCGUCAAUUGGAAGCCAUUGUUCGUAUCACAGAAUCUCUUGCCAAGCUGCAGCUCUCUCCCAUUGCCACCGAGGCCCACGUUGAUGAGGCCAUCCGUCUGUUCCUAGCUUCCACCAUGGAUGCCGUCACCCAGGGUGAAGGCCAGGGCAGUAAGGAACUCAUGGAGGAGGCACACAAGAUCGAAGAAGAGCUCAAGCGCCGCCUGCCUCUCGGCUGGAGCACCAGUUUGGCGACGUUGCGUCGUGAGUUCGUUGAUGGCAAGGGUUACAGCGAGCAGGCACUCAACCGGUCUCUGAUAGUCUUGCAACGCAGAGAGACUGUGCAGAUUCGCUCCGGUGGCUCGCAGAUCUACCGCAACGCGCCUUGA